GGCUCUUGAAAGAUCUUUUGUGACUCAAAGCCUUAACUCAUGCUAUCUUGGAAUUUGAUCUUGUGGAGCGCCUUCUUUUCUUGCUCUAAGCUUAGCUCAAACGAAGUUAAGCCCAUUGAACUUCCGGAAUAACGAAGAAUCUGGAGAGGCAUAUUCACGCGGACACGUGGAGCCAUGGGGGUUUCUUGUGGCCAUGGCAGCAACGGCAGCAUUGGUGCCCUGUUUGGCGGCACUUCCACGUCUUGCAUCGUCGCCCUCGUCUCCACUCCGGCACCGUGAUCGAGCGGGCAUCUUGGGGGAUUCGGCUCGGGUUCUUCAGCCGCAGCUCAUCAUUUGGGGCCAGAGAGCUUCCCAAGGAAUUGUGGAGAGCAGCGGCAGGUGUUUUUGCGGCACCAGAAGCCCCAUUGAUGAAUCAUUCACGAAACAGGGAAAUGUUGUGCUCUUUGAUGAACAAGCCUCCGAGCUCGAGGAGUUCAUCAGGAAUGUGCGAGAUAAGCUUGUUGUUCUUGAUAUCUCAACCAAGACUUGUGGACCUUGCAAGUUCAUAUUUCCCAAGCUUGUCAAGAUGAGUGAGGAUUAUCCUGAUGCUGUGUUCUUGAAGAUAAAUGGGGACUAUGACAGUGAAACACGAGCUUUGAUGAGGAAAUGGAAGAUUCGUGCUGUGCCAACAUUUAGAUUCUUUAAAAAUGGUGAAAUGGUUCACUCUCAUUCUGGAGCCAAGGAAGAUGACUUGAGAGGUCACUUUAUAGCACACUACCAUUCAGAAACGGUGUCUAUUUAACUAUGUACAUUGCUUUAUUAAAAAUUAAUUAAUCAUAGGACGUAUCUAAAGCUA